UGGAAAGAAAAGAGAAAAAAUGAGAACAUUAAGUGGAGAACAUUGGAGCACAAGGGCCCAUGUUUCGCUCCCCCCUACCAAUGCCUCCCUCGCAACGUGCGUUUCUACUACGACAAAAUUGCCACGAAGUUGUCGUUGGAGGCAGAAGAGGCUGCUGGUUUCUAUGCGGCCCUACAAAACAGCAGAAAAACAUCUGCAACCUUUGACAGGAACUUCUUCGCUGAUUGGAAAAGUACCAUGAGGAACAAUGAACGUUGCCUCAUAAGAAACUUUAAUAAAUGUAAUUUCAAAGAAUUAGAAAAUCACUUCAAAAGAAUUUCAGACGCAAAGAAACAAAAGACUAGAGAAGAAAAACAAGCUUUAAAGAAAGCUAACGAAAAAUUACAAAAGACAUAUGGCUACUGUGUUGUGGAUGGUCAUAAACAAAAAAUUGGAAACUUUCGUGUGGAGCCACCUGGUUUGUUUGUCGGCAGGGGCGACCACCCGAAACAAGGAAUGCUGAAAAGAAGGGUUCAGCCAGAAGAUGUCACCAUUAACUGCAGCCUGGGCCCAAAGAUUCCCAAGCCACCAACAGGCCACAAGUGGAAAGAAGUUAUGAACAACAACACGGUUACCUGGCUGGCCUGCUGGACGGAGAACAUCUUCAGAACGAAAAAGUACAUCAUGCUCAAUCCUGCGUCGAAACUGAAAAGUCAGAAGGACUGGCAGAAGUACGAAACCUCCCGCAAGCUGCACAAGUGCCUCGACGACAUUAGGUCCAACUACAAAAAGGACUUCAAAUCGAAUGAGAUGUGUUUUAGACAGAGGGCUGUUGCACUCUAUUUUAUCGAUCAACUAGCUCUCAGAGUGGGCAACGAGAAAGAUAAGGAGACGGCCGACACUGUGGGAUGUUGUUCGUUGAGAGUUGAACACGUCAAACUGCACAACACUCUCAAUGGCAAGAGGAAUGUCGUCGAGUUUGAUUUUCUCGGAAAGGAUUGUAUAAGAUACACCAAUAGAGUACCUGUAAUUAAGAUGGUCUUUGAUAACCUUAAGUUGUUCAUGAGAAAAAAGUGUCAUGGCUCUGAACUGUUCGACUGUCUUGAUGCAAAUAUGUUGAACAAACAUUUGCAAAGCAUUAUGGAUGGUCUGACGGCAAAGGUCUUCAGGACGUUCCAUGCAUCGAGAACAUUACAAGAGAAGUUGGAUCUAUUAACUGUUGAAAAAGACAGUCUGCAUGCUAAACUCUUCAAGUACAACAAAGCCAACCGCGACGCCGCCCUUCUCUGCAAUCACCAGAGAGCUGUUCCGAAGAACUUUGAAAAGCAGAUUGAAAAUUUAAGAUCAAAGGUAAUUAUCAGCCAAGCUUUUUCAGUUAGUAUAUUAAACGAAAUUUCUUAUCAACAUUCUAUCUUAGUAAUGAAGAAAGAAGCGACUUGCAACAAACUGAAGGAACAUGUUACGAAGUUGCAGCUGCAGUUGAAAGAUAAGUUAGAAAAUCGAGAAAUAGCCCUGGGAACCUCAAAGCUGAACUACCUGGAUCCAAGGAUCAGUGUUGCUUGGUUGUGCAAACGAUGGCAGGUGCCGAUUGGAAAGAUUUACAACAAGAGUCUGCAGGAGAGAUUCGCGUGGGCUAUCGACACGACGAAAGCAAAUUUUCAUUAUUAA